AACAAGUUCUCCUAGUGAUAAAGUAGUACGAGCUCAGUCACCAGUACUAAAAUGAUCUCGGCGCAUGUCACCAUUAUUUGACCGUAUAGCUCUUAUUUACUACGUCAUCUUCAUCGAGCCAGCCGCUUCAAGGUGCUCCGGGACCUUCUGACGCAGUGCUGUUAAAAGAACCCGCACCGUUGUUCACCCGACUGGAUCUCCAAGACAGACAGGACAAACAUGAUUACCCGGAUAGCUGCAUUUCUUCUUCUUGCGAUUAGCAUCGAUGCCCAAUUGGGUAAAGAUCUGGACACCCUAAUCGGUGAAGUUUUCAAAAAUCCGGAUACCACCAAUGCUCCGGGAGGUGGUUCUGGGUCUUCAGCUCCCAGUCUGCAGCCGGUAGAAGGCGUAUCCGGAGCAGAGAACUGCACUUGUGUGCCAUACUAUCUUUGCAAUAAUGGCACCAUUAACACGAAUGGCGAGGGCAUCAUCGAUAUCAGAAUCCAGGAUGGCCCAUGCCAAAGCUACCUAGAAGUCUGCUGUAACGAGAAAGACCAAGUCACCGAGCCAAUAACCCCCAGCCCCCCCAGGGGCGGAGAGAAACCUAAGGGUUGUGGGUAUCGUAACCCAGACGGCGUAGGAUUCCGAAUUACAGGCGACAAGGAGAACGAGGCUCAAUUCGGAGAGUUCCCCUGGAUGGUAGCCAUUCUCAGGGAGGAAUCCGUCGAAGGAAACCCCAUGAAACUGAACGUGUACCAAUGCGGAGGAGCUUUGAUCCACCCCCAGGUCGUCCUAACCGGCGCACACUGCGUGAGCGGUAAAAAUAAGUCGUUCAAGAUCAGAGCUGGGGAAUGGGACACCCAACACGCCCAGGAACUGUUUCCCCAUCAGGAUAGAGAGGUCCAGUCUAUCUCCAUCCAUCCUCAGUACUACGCAGGAGCGUUGUACAACGACGUCGCUUUGCUCUUCUUGAAAUCUCCAGUAGACAUUGUCGAAAACGUGGACGUUGUUUGUCUACCUCCCUCUAACCUCGUCGUGGAGUCUGGAAGAUGCUACGCCACCGGCUGGGGUAAAGACGUAUUCGGAAAGAAGGGCAAGUACCAGGUGAUCCUGAAAAAAAUCGAUCUGCCUAUCGUCCCCAGGGACACAUGUCAAACCAAGCUUAGAAACACUCGCCUGGGAGCCCAUUUCCAACUUCACAAAAGCUUUGUGUGUGCAGGUGGAGAACCGGAAAAGGACACUUGUAAAGGAGAUGGAGGAAGCCCCUUGGUGUGCCCCAUCGAAGGAAGCACUAAUAGGUUCUAUCAGGCGGGAAUUGUUGCAUGGGGCAUAGGAUGUGGUGAGAAUGAAACUCCAGGAGUAUAUGUGAACGUUCCCAUGUUUAGAGACUGGAUUGACGAACAACUUAAAGAUAAGAGCCUUGAGAUUUCCGGUUAUCAAUAUUAAAAAAAUUCCUGCGUCUUUUUAUUAUUAUAAGUGUUUAUGUAUUAAUUUUGUAAAAACAAUAUAAAAAUAAA